GAAAGAAAAGAAUAUAUUAUUCCAGACUUAAUAGAUGAUAUAAAGAAAUCCAAUAAUUAAUAUUCUAAUAAUCAAUUAAUUAUGAAACUCUCUCUGUCAUAUCGCCUAAGGAGCUCUGUUUUUAUCAGAAUGGCCAACCUGAGGCUGACUGUAUCACUGAAAUUCAUGUUUCAGCUACAGAUCGUCCCCGAGAUCGAAUAUAACUUAUGACUUUCUUGUAUUUUUCAGUGUGGUAUCUCUAAGGUUUGCAGAAGAUGACUUUCUAUGCUGGUUUGUUUAUGGGCAUUGUCCUCGGCGUUGGAUUGAUAGUCUCUUUCGCUCGUUAUGAAAAAACCCGAUCCAAGCGUCGUUCCGAUCUGGCAAAGACGGUGGCAGCAUUCGCAAGAAUGACGGUCCAAGACUCGAGAAAGAUUUUUCCGGCUGAGUUUUAUCCAACUUGGGUCGUAUUUUCGCAGCGACAGAAGUUAACUUGGCUUAAUCUCCAACUUGACAAGAUUUGGCCAUUUGUUGAUGAGGCAGCAUCAGAGCUGAUAAGAAACAAUGUGGAGCCAAUUCUUGAGCAAUAUAGACCAGCGGUCUUAGCUUCCCUCAAGUUCUCCAAGCUAACACUCGGCACUGUGGCUCCUCAAUUUACAGGAGUUUCCGUUAUUGAAAGUGAAAGUGAUAGUCACGGAGUCACUUUGGAGUUGGAGAUGCAGUGGGAUGGUAACCCAAAUAUUACACUUGAUAUAAAAACCAGAGUUGGUGUUGCACUGCCUGUCCAGGUAAAAAAUAUUGGAUUCACUGGGGUUUUCGGGUUAAUCUUCAAACCGCUUGUUGAUGAGUUUCCUUGUUUUGGAGCUGUUAGUUAUUCACUGAGAGAAAAGAAAAAGCUGGAUUUUACUCUUAAAAUUGUUGGUGGUGAUGUAUCAACAAUCCCAGGGAUUUCUGAUGCUAUUGAGGAAACAAUACGGGAUGCUGUUGAAGAUUCUAUCACAUGGCCGGUUCGGAAAAUAGUACCCAUAUUGCCUGGGGAUUAUAGCAACCUAGAGUUGAAGCCUGCUGGAACAUUACAAGUGAAGCUAGUGCAAGCAAAGGACUUGACAAAUAAAGAUGUCAUUGGGAAAUCCGAUCCUUAUGUGGUCUUAUUCAUACGCCCAUUACGUGACAAAAUGAAAACCAGCAAAAUAAUUAAUAAUCAAUUGAAUCCAGUCUGGAACGAGCACUUUGAGUUCAUUGUUGAGGAUGAAUCAACACAACACUUGACUGUAAGAGUUUUUGAUGAUGAAGGGAUUCAGGCUUCCGAACUCCUUGGUUGUGCUCAAGUGCGACUGAAGGACCUUCGGCCUGGUAAAGUGAAGGAUGUGUGGUUGCCACUGGUGAAGGAUUUGGAGGUUCAAAGAGACACUAAACAUAGGGGCCAGGUGCACUUGGAACUCUUUUACUGUCCAUUUGGCAUGGAAAGUAUCUUUAAAAACCCUUUUGACCCUGAAAGCUCCUUGACCUAUUUGGAGAAGAAGGCUCUUAAGAGGGGAGCUGAUGAAACAGAGGUUGGCGAUCUUGGAAAAACUGCAGCGCAGAAGAAGAGCAAUGUCAUUGUGAGAGGAGUGUUGUCUGUGACAGUAGUAGCUGCUGAAGACUUGCCAAUUGUGGAUUUAAUGGGAAAGGCAGACCCCUUUGUCGUCCUCAUUAUGAAAAAAUCUGAAACAAAAGCCAAGACUCGGGUUCUAAACAACAACUUAAAUCCAGUCUGGAAUCAAACAUUUGACUUUCUUGUGGAGGACGCGUUACAUGAUAUGUUAAUUGCGGAAGUUUGGGACCACGACACUUUUGGGAAGGAGAAAAUAGGAAGAGUCAUCAUGACACUCACUAGGGUCAUAUUAGAAGGGGAGUUCCAGGAUAGUUUUCCCCUAGAAGGUGCUAAAUCAGGAAAGCUUAAUUUACAUCUCAAGUGGACACCAGAUAAUAUACUCCGGGAUUCUUAAUCCAUGUAAUAUCGCAGGCGUCUGAUUUGGCUUGAAAUUACAAUGCGUUUUCUUCCUUUAUCCAUACAAAAUGGCCCUGUGUUUUUUUUUUUUGGUUUUUUGUGUAAAACUGUAAAGAAAUCCAAAGCAAACAUAUAAGAUUUUCAGUCAGUUUGUAA